UACAAGCAGCCAGGAAUGCCCUUCGAGUUCGCUUACGCCGUCCAGGAUGACUACUCAGGCAACAACUACGCCCACCAGCAGACCAGCGACGGCCAAGUCACCUCCGGAUCGUACAGCGUGGCUCUUCCCGACGGCCGAACCGAGAUCGUGGAAUUCACCGCCGAUCACGACAACGGCUACGUCGCCAACGUCGCCUACGAGGGAGAGGCCUCCUACCCCGCCCCUGCCCCCUCCUACCACCCCGCCCCCUCCUACCCCGCCCCCGCUCCCUCCUACCCUGCUCCACCACCCCCACCCACCUACGCCUAAACGCUCCACCUACACGUAAGUAGAAUCUGGACGGGACAACUCAACGAUCCAAAAAUCCACAUCCAAGUCAACCCAAAGGACCACCACUGUGUCUUGCCUCAACCACCCGGACACAACCUCACCAAGCGCCAUUCACCAGCGACUCAUGAAGCUUUCUGACUCACCGUUUCACUCCUGCAAGCACUCGUCCCGUCCAGCCCAGUUCCUGCUUGCUUUCCACGACUUAUCGCAUCGUCGCGUCCCUCUCCAUCCUGCAACGUUAUUGCUGUUAUGGUUUAUUUCUUAUUAAUAUAUUCCUUUUAUAUAUUCUUAAUUAUUGCCAUAUUCAAAGUGCUCAUAGACGACUGUCAACUUUAAUCUUGUUAAAUUAUUCUUGUAAAUAAAAGCAUACAUACGAAAACUCUUUUAAAAUUUUCAAAGCAAAAUUUAUCGUAAUGUCUGAAUCGGAAAUUUGUUCAGUUACUGAGAAUGUUUUACCAGAUACUGAAUCAAUCAGCUUGUCUUUCUCUCUCUCUUUCCUUGAUUCUUUCCAAACCUAUUCAUUCUGAUCAGAAAAUCCCGAGAUGAUACAUGACCCCAUAUAUAUUCUUUAUUUCUCUAAUAAAUAUUUACAAACUUC